GAUGUCGAUGCGCCGCCGGUGGUCGGUUUCGGGGGUUGACUCGCGCCGCGGGGGCGAUGAGCGCACUUCCCUCCGCCCUGAGACUGACCUGCUGCCGUUCCUGGCUCCUGCUCAUCUGCCUCGUCUUCCUGGCGACCGGGUGCAGCUGCGGCACGCGACCGGAUCCCCUGAUCCCCAGAGGUCUACUGGCAGGUGAUGACCUACGAGGAUCCAGCUCCGACAACGACGACGACUAUGACGACGACCAGGACUACCUCGAGGAGAACAUCACUGCGGCAAAGGGGCAGUACCUGGGCUCGCCGUGCGAUGUCUCGUGCAAUCCGGAACUGCAGCACGUGUUCUGCGACACCGUCACUGGUUUCUGCGAAUGCGAGAAGUUCUAUCCAGUUCGUCUUGGGCCUAGCAAAGGAUGUGCCAAACCUAAAAGACUCGGGGAGCAAUGUUUCUAUCGCGCGACUUGCACUUUUGCGGAUCAGCACUCGACCUGCACUCAGGUGCAGCACAACGCCGUGUGCGACUGCGAGGAAGGGUACCACAGGGUCGCCUUGUCCAGGCCUAGCAAGAAGGUGUUCUGCGCCGAAGAUCUGGUGCUGAUAACGACGGAUAUUCCUACCCUGCUCUGCAUAGCAUCGGGAAUAGCGGUAUUCACGGCGAUGAUAUGCUUCGUGCUCAAGUUAUUCAGUCGUGCGAGAUACUCAAGGCCGCGGCACUAUGCCAACGCGAAUCACGCGCCGCCUAUGCUGUUCUCCAGCGACACGGGUAUCCCACUGACGCUCCACGGUGGCCGGCCAUCUUCGCGUUCCAGCCAAAGAAGCAGCACAGGAGGUCCGCUUACCUACGCGUUCACCAGGAGGCCAAGCAGCGGUGGUAGCCGUGGUCCCCUGGUACCAGCGUCGAGAGCAGGUGCGGCACGUGCCGCCGCCAUCUUGCUUAUAUCGUGUCACCUGCAGGCGACCAAAGGCGGGAACAAGCAUCGACGUACCCUUAGCGACGUUGCUGAGGGAUCGUCCGACGGCCUCGGUUCUCGGCGUCCUAGCUUAACGUCGGUUCACAGUUCGACGUCCUCGGCGAGAAGUUACAGCGCGAGGAGAUUAGAGAAGGAGAGGAACGAGAAAGAGCAACGACAAGCACUGCAGGAGUUGAGAUUAGCCAAGCAAAGGGAGCAACAGCAACAACAGCAGCAACAAAUAGCGCCUACGCCUAGCCCUCGUACCCCUCACUCCAUGGACGAGCUGUUGCCGUCUGUGGAGGAGGGGAAGGAGGUCUUUUAUAACGAGCAGGUGCCGACGUCGUCUGACAUGACGGAAGAAACUCCGGUGAAAACGACCGCCAUCACGACGACGAACGUGAACGCGAGCAGAUUCGGCGAAAUGGCCCCAGUCACGACCUCGACAACGUCCAUCUUCGAAACGAACAUCGCACCGCGCGCCACCGGUGACAUUUUUCAAGUGUAGUUAAGGACUAAAACCGAGAAACAAA